UUUUAUCAUUUGAAAACUGUGCAGAAAAGUAACACAAACAGUUUGAUUCAGCUUACACAUUUUAAAAUUGACGCAAUAUAUAUAAUGUAAGUGAGUGCCCAGCAGAACUAGCUUCUUGUUGAUUCGCACACAGUCGCCGGCGAUUCGGAAGGACGUCAGAUACAAAAUGGUCAGCCAGCUGCCCGCACAAUCGGCACACCUGGUGAAGCUCGCCCCAUCGAGUCCUGUGGCAGUUGCCGUUGUCGGUAACCUCCAAAGAUCCCGCUCCAGUGACAAUCGACAGCCACUUAUCUCAAUACUGCUCACCAGCGACCUGGGCAGCUACGUACGGAGUUUCUUUUCUCUCAUCGCGACCAAGGUAGAGUCGUACUUACGGCCGGUCACUGAGCCCAUCUACAAGGAAGUCCCUCUAUCUCCGGAAUCCCAAAGAAGACUCCGGCAAGUGGGUCGAAAGACUUUGGUCCUAGACCUGGACGAGACCCUGGUGCACUCCUGCUACAGUGAUCCCGAAACCAAUGAGCUGGUGGGCUGCAGCCUUGUGCCACAAACUGCCAAACCGGAUUAUGAGCUGUCGGUUACACUCGAGGGUCUCGAUCCAAUUGCUUUCCAGGUUUACAAGCGACCACAUGUAGAUGUGUUUUUAAAAUUCGCGUCGAAAUGGUAUGACCUGGUAAUAUUCACCGCCAGUCUAGAGGUCUAUGCAGCCCAGGUAGUGGAUCGCUUGGACAAUGGACGUGGCAUGAUUCAGAAGCGCUACUACCGACAGCACUGCUCCUCCACCACCUCGAUGAUUAGUAAGGAUCUUACAGUGGUUAAUCCAGACAUGAGCGGCACCUUCAUCAUCGAUAACUCGCCGAAUGCCUAUCGCGACUUUCCGGACAAUGCCAUUCCCAUCAAGACAUUCAUUUACGAUCCGGAUGACACGGAGCUCCUCAAUCUGCUGCCCUUCCUCGAUGCCUUGCGGUUCACCAAGGAUGUGAGAUCGGUACUCAGCAGGCGAGUUACAAGUCGCUAGUCAUCUGCCCUGUGAAACUUUCCCAUGUGAUAAUCAAAAGCCAAAAACCAUGUAAUAGCCCUUUAAAAUAUUGCAGUCAGUAUAUUAAAUGCCAAUAAUAUGAGUGAUAUAUUUUAAAGCUA